UAAACAGCUGAUUAUCGAUAGAACGCAAAAGAAAACAAAGAAUAGGCAGACACAACGGAGAGAGAACACAAUAAAAACAAUACAAUAACAGAAAUUAGUUAAUGCUAAAGAACAUAUAGAGCGACCCCUAGACUGAGUCAUUGCAACAAAAAAAGCUUUUUCCUUCUUUGCUACCUACCUAACAUUGCAAGCAGAAUGGCUGCAAACACAAAGAGAGAAAACGAACCGCCGAGUUACGAAGAAGUCAUGAGUGGAAGUGCUCCAGCCUAUCCCACUACUGGCCUCAUUGCUGGUGUGCAUCAUGGUCAUCCAACAGCGCCACCGCUAAACAGCUCCACAUACGGCGCCUUCGAAACAACGCCAGUUAGCAUUGUGGUGCAGCAGGCACCGCCAGCGGAGAUCAUUGUGAUUGGCGGCUGUCCGUCGUGUCGGAUUGGCUACUUGGAGGACACAUUCUCGCCACUGGGAAUCUGCUGUGCCAUCUUCUUCUUCCCCGUGGGCAUUCUAUGCUGCCUGGCGAUGCGCGAGAAGCGUUGUGGCAACUGCGGUGCCACAUUCUAAGUGCAAUGUCACAAUUGUUAUCAUUUCCAAAAAUUGGGUGCAGCAUAUUGAAUUGGACUGUUUACGUUUUGAAAAAACAAACACAUAGACACACAUAUAUAAACACACACACAAAUUACUAAUCGUAAGCUUUGUUAAUAAUUAAACCAUGUAUACAUAUUAUUAUUACCAUAUUGUAAA